UCCGCGCCAGCCGGCGGCACCGGAAAUGGCGCGGCUUCCCAGACUGGCCGUGUUUGACCUGGAUUACACGCUGUGGCCUUUCUGGGUCGACACGCACGUAGACCCCCCGUUCCACCGGAGCAGCAGGGACGGAACUGUACGAGAUAGCCGGGGUCGCACCAUCCGACUGUACCCAGACGUGCCGGAGAUCCUGGGACGACUGCGGGACCUGGGGGUGCCUGUCGCGGCCGCUUCCCGGACAGGGGAGGUGGAAGGGGCCAACCAGCUGCUGGAGCUCUUUGACCUAGUCAAAUACUUCGUUCAUCGGGAAAUCUAUCCCGGCUGCAAGAUCACCCACUUUCAGAGGUUGCAGCAGAAGACUGGCGUCCCUUUCUCCCAGAUGGCCUUCUUUGAUGACGAGAAGCGGAACGUUGUCGAUGUCAGCACACUGGGUGUUACCUGUGUUCACGUCCCGAACGGAAUGAGUCUGCCAACCCUAACUCAAGGGCUAGAGACAUUUGCAAAGGCCCAGGUUGGGGGCCCAGAGGCCCAACCCUGUGGAUGAUUCUCCCUGGGGGCAUCAAGAAGGCAGGCAUUUUCGAGUGUACCUGUAAAUUAUUAAAGUGUACGUGUGUGAGACAGAGGAGAUCCUA